UUGUAGUUCUGCCCCUUCCCCUGCGCAUCGUGAAGUGGCUCUUUCAGAGGAAGAGGGCUUGAAGUAGCGUUUCUAGGAAACAGGUCAAGACACUCCCCAGAGACAGUCAGAAACCCCCCCCCGGGGGUGCACUUCCGGCUGUGGCCUGGGACUGAAAAAGGGAGGGUGAGCCUAACGGCCCGCUGGGGCAAUGAAAUGGUGGAUACUAGGUGGGGUCCUUCUAGUGACUACUUCUGUGGGUCUGGCUCCGGCCGCCCCGGCCCCGUGGGCAAGGAGACUGGAGGAAAGAGCGGGCCCAGUGGGGCCCCCUCCCCAGAGGGUAACAACCCUGGAGCCCUCGGUACCGAAUGUGGUGCUGGUGGUGAGCGAUUCUUUCGAUGGAAGGCUCACGUUUCAUCCAGGAAAUCAGACAGUGUCACUUCCUUUUAUAAACUUCAUGAAAAAACAUGGUACCCUUUUUCUCAAUGCAUAUACAAAUUCUCCAAUCUGUUGCCCAUCACGUGCAGCAAUGUGGAGUGGCCUCUUUACUCAUUUGACUGAAUCUUGGAAUAAUUUUAAGGGCCUGAAUCAAAAUUACACAACAUGGAUGGAACUCUUGGAAAAAUCUGGUUACCAUACACAAAAGUUUGGAAAAUUAGACUAUACUUCAGGACAUCACUCUAUUAGCAAUCGUGUGGAAGCAUGGACAAGAGAUGUUGAUUUCUUGCUUCGUCAGGAGGGCAGACCUGUGGUUAAUCUUAUCCCCGAUAAACUAAAAACAAGAAUAAUGGAAGAAGAUUGGCAAAAUAUAGAUAAAGCAACAAACUGGUUAAGAAAAGAAGCAAUUAAGUUUACUCAACCAUUUGUUCUUUAUUUGGGGUUAAAUUUACCACAUCCUUAUCCAUCACCAUAUACAGGAGAAAAUUUUGGUUCCUCCACAUUCCAGACAUCUCCUUAUUGGCUUGAAAAAGUAUUUUAUAAAGCUAUCAAAAUUCCAAAAUGGUCUCCAUUGUCAGAAAUGCACCCUGUAGAUUAUUAUUCUUCCUACACUAAAAACUGCACUGGGCAGUUUACAAAGAAAGAAAUUAGAGAUAUUAAAGCAUUUUAUUAUGCUAUGUGUGCUGAGACAGAUGCCAUGCUUGGUGAGAUUCUUUUGACUCUUUACCAGUUAAAUAUUCUUCAGAAAACUAUUGUUAUUUUCACCUCUGACCAUGGUGAGCUGGCCAUGGACCAUCGCCAGUUCUAUAAAAUGAGCAUGUACGAAGCAAGUUCCCACGUUCCUCUUCUGAUGAUGGGGCCAAGCAUUAGAGCAAACCUCUAUGUCCCAGAUAUUGUCUCCCUUGUAGAUAUUUACCCUACUCUGCUAGAUAUUGCUGGAAUUCCUCUCCAUCAGAACCUGAGUGGAUAUUCUUUGAUUCCAUUAUCAUCAGAAGCAUUUAGUAAUGAUUCUCAGUCCACAAGACCUCGUCCUCCCUGGAUUCUGAGUGAAUUCCAUGGCUGCAAUGUGAAUGCUUCCACCUAUAUGCUGAGAAUUGACAAAUGGAAAUACAUAGCUUACGCUGAUGGUGCCUCAUCACCUCCUCAACUCUUUGACCUUUCUUCAGAUCCAGAUGAAUUAACAAAUAUAGCCACGAUGUUUCCAGAAAUCACUCAUUCUCUGGACCAAAAGCUUCGUUCCAUUAUAAAUUAUCCUCUAGUUUCUGCGUCUGUCCACCAGUACAACAAGAAACAGUUUAUCAGCUGGAAAAACAGCUUAGGACAAAACUAUACAAAAGUUAUAGCAAACCUUAGGUGGCACCAGGACUGGCUGAAAGAACCAAUGAAGUAUGAAAGUGCAAUUAACCAAUGGCUUAAAACCAACACUAAUUUAUAAAAUGUUUGUACAAAAAUGUAUAAAAAUAUGCUCUAAUUAUGUGCUUGUAUAUCUUUAUACAAGAAGUAUAAAAAUACAAGUAGUAUAUCUUUAUACAAAUAGUAUAAAUAUCUUUAUACAAGUAAUAUAUAUAAUUAAGUAGCAAUUGCAAUAGGUAAUUAAGUGACCAUUAGCAGUCAAAGCAAUUUUAUUAAAUGCUAUUAUAUUUUAUAAUAUAAGCUAGAUGUUUUAAAAAUUACAUUUUCUGAUAUAGCUGUCAUCAGGUGCUGACAUUAAAAACCUAAUUAAAAUAUGAAUAAAACAACUAAAUAGUUAGAAAUACUUUAAUACGAAGAUAAUACCUAUGUGAAAUGUUUUAACAUUUAUUGGAACUUUAAAAUUUAUUAUAUAUCAAAUAAGAACAGCCAUGAGAUCAUAGAUUUAGAACUGGAAGAUGGAUAGUCCAGUGCCUUUAUUUCAUAGAAGACUGUGAAGCCCACUGAAGUUACAUAACUUAUCCAAUUUCUCAUAGAUAGUAAAUAGCAGACUCGCUAGACAGUGAAUCAUUUCACUCUUUGAACACAUCAGUUCUUUCAGCACUCUGGAUUGAAAUUUUCAUGAGCCUGGGGAAUUGGGUUUUAUUAAGAUUAAAAGGAACCUUGAUCAAGCUUUAACUGUGUUAUCAUUGUAGUUGCUUUCAAAAAAUGUUCCAUUGAAGAAUAUUUUGCAAGUGUUCCAUUCUUUUUUUUUUUCAUAUUUGAAUGUUCUUCAAUCAUGUUUACUCCACUUCUGUGAGUUCUUUUGAAUGUCUUUUAUAUUUAUGCUAAUAAAUAUUUAAAUGAUAAAUGUAUUUUAUUUGUUAAGUUAAAUGUGUCUUGUCUGAAAGCCUUGCAAAAAAGACUGCUCCUAGUUUUCUCUUUCUUAUCUUCCAUAUCCAGUCGGUUGCCAAGACCUGUUCAUUUCAUUUUGCAAUAUCUCUCAUCCUAUCUCCUCUGACAUUGCCACCCUCCAGUGCAAACCUUCAUCACCUCACCCCUGAACUAUUGUAACAUGCUAUUGAUAAGUCAACCUGCUUUAGUCUCUUCUCCAAUUCCUCCUGCUACACUUAUUUACCAAAGUGCUUUUCUUAAAAUGCAGGUCCAAUCAAUUCAUACACUCCACCCUGUGUAUGAACAGUGGCUGCCUGUUACUUCCUUUGUCAUUCAAAGAUCUUUAUAAACUAACCACAACUUUACUGGUCUUAUUACUAUCCCCAUUUCCUUACUCUCGAUUUAGUGACAUUGAUCUCCAAAAUCUUCUGACAUUUCUUAUUGGACAUCCUCUAUUCAUGGAAUGCUAUUCCUCUUCAUCUGUCUCCUGACUUCCUUCAAAUCCCAGCCAAAAUCCAAAAAUUGGUAAUUUUUCCUAAUCUGGUAUUUGUAAAGCACUUGGCACAGUGUCUGGUACAUAGUAAACACUAUAUAAAUAUGUAUUGUUCUAAUUAUUAUUUCCCAUUUAUCCUUUAUAUAGCUUGAUUGCACACAGUUGUUUGCUUUUCUCCCCCAUUAGAUUAUGAGCUUCUGAGGAUAUGGACUGUGCUUUGUUCUUUCUUUCUAACUCUAGCACUUAGCACUGGUACCUGAUUUAUAGCAGGCACUUAAUACAUCUUUAUUGAAUGAAUGACUUAACCACCAACUUUUCCCCAAAUGCCUUUUCCUCUCCAGGAAGAAUUAAAGUAUGUUUCCCCACCUAUUUCUCAGGGUUUAGAUGGAGAUGGUAUAUUCUUUGUCUCAAAGGAGAUUUGGGGGGAAAGGAGGAUAUUGAAAUUGCUGUCAUGUUGAAACAAAAGAUAUCAACAAUAUAUGUUUUAAUAUGAAUAAAUU